AUGCAGAAAUCAGUAUCUUUUUCCUGUCCAGGAUGCGAGAGUGGAGGGUUCCGCAGCUUGGUGGAGGCUCAGAAGCACUUUGAGGAGCAAUCUCACUCUGUGCGGUGUACCGUCUGCCAAAAGGCAUUCGGCAGCGGCAUGUCAGUCAUACAGCAUUAUCAAAAGCACGUCAAAGCUCGGGAAGCUCCAAGCAAUACGAAAAAGCCCAUUCAGGAGAGAAAGGCAUUUAACCAGCAUUCAGCAGGUCCAACAAUAACAUCGCCAUCACCUCUCCGAAAUGGCCAAAUGUACUUUCAAGAAACUCUACUGACAGCUGUCGGAAAUAUAAUGCAUUUCGGAGAGGAGCGUGAUCCGAUCAACUUGCCCUUUCAAUUGCCUUUGAUCGCAUCGGGUGUAGCUGAUGCUAAUGGUAACAACCCUCUCAAUGUUUGCUCCCUUGUGCAACUUACUUGGUAUCCGGGAAACUCUUGGCUAGGAAUCGAUUUCAACACAAACACCAACGUCGUUCUGCAUCCUCUUGAACAGUGUCUGAUUCUGAGGUAUCUGCGUUCCAAUUGCCAUUCAGAGAGCCGCCUUCGGAGAGAAGGAUACAUACUAGGGCCAGUCAAAGUAAGGAAUAAAGACUUCCCACGGAAGGGGUCCAUUCCCACUUAUCAAUUUCGCGAAACGCCGUCUGCGGAACAGCCUGGAUUCAAGAGACAUGCCAUCGCACUCGAUUGUGAGAUGGUCGGUGUCAAAGACAAUCGGCAAACUCUCGCGUUCAUAAGUGCCAUUGACUUUUUGACUGGCGAUGUUCUCAUUAGCCGCUACGUAGCGCCAUCCGAGGAGGUCAUUGACUGGAGAUCAAAAAUUACCGGAAUAACCCAAGAUGUCAUGACAAGCGCCACGAUAGCUGGCGCUGCAUUCAGAGAUUGGCGAGAAGCGCGCGAGAAUUUAUGGCAAUUUGCCGAUACAUCCACUGUUUUCGUUGGCCAAUCCCUCAAUUAUGACCUUGAGGUUCUGGGAAUCUGUCACAACAAAAUUGUUGACUCCGCCAUUUUGACUGCGGAGGCUGUAUUCCCAGCCACUGGCCCCACGGAGAGUUUACCUCGCGCUUGGAGCUUGAAGGCCGUGGCCAAAACUCUUUUGGCUUUGGAGAUUCAGAGCGGAGAUCGUGCGCACAGUGCUUUGGAAGACGCAUAUGCGGUACGCGACGUGAUCAUAUUCUGCAUCAGAAACCCGGAACAGUUAAAGUCAUGGGCAGAGCUUCGACGGAAAGAAGAGGGACGAAAGGGCAAAAAAGGCCGGCGCAAGAGCAAGGCCAAACGAAAUCCGACCACGUCGUCUACUCAAGAUAUCCAGCAUAAAACUCGGGUGUUAAAGAAUGAGUGUGAAUACGAUAUUGAUGACGAUGACGAAUUUUGCUUGUCCGAGUAUGCUAGGGAUGCUGGCUGGCCAGACGGGUGGGAUCCUUGGUCUGAUUGA